UUCAUAUAUUCAAUGGUUCUCACGUCAAUUUUGUCAAGUCAACCGUCAAAACAAAACAAAGAACACAUUUUUAAAUAAUUACGUGAAAUAAAUGUUACAAAAUAUUUUAUUUUAGUCUACAUUAAAUAUUUUACUUGGAAAUUUUUAAAUAAAAUCAACACUGGAAGAAAAUUUUAUUGGAAAUCGGAUAAAUCAAAAUAGUGGAUCCUAACCUAAAAAUGUUUCUAUAAUCAUAACAAGUGGUAAUUUUUAAAAAUGUUAAAAAUAUAUCAAUAUACAAUAAUAAAUGAAAUAUUAACAAGUGGUGAUUUUUAAAAAUAUAUAAAAUAAUUAUAUUGUUGAAAGCAAAGUGUUAUAAGAAGGCAAAUGUGUAAAAUAUCAUCAUGGAAAAGAAAAUGAAAAAUUGGGCAGAGGAUGUCUUCGAAACCUGGGGUGGUUACAUGGAGGCGAAGAAGGCGAAAUUAGAAGAACAAUUUCUGACAGAUGCAAAAACGGAGUUUGAAAAUACCUCAACAUUAUUUCAAGGCAUCGCAAUAUUCGUUAAUGGUUACACAGACCCCACAGCGGACGUUCUUAGACGAUUAAUGCUCGAGCAUGGAGGAGUUUAUCAUCAAUAUUUAAGACCCAAACAAACGACUCAUCUGAUUGCCUCAAAUCUUCCCUAUUCAAAAAUAGUCAUGUAUAUGAAGAGUAAAAAUCCUCUGCCACUCUGUAAACCUUCCUGGAUAACGGACAGUAUUAAAGCAGCAAAAAUUUUGGACUUUCGAAAGUAUUUACUCUAUUCUCAAAGUACAAGACAACAACCUCAGUUAUUUAAUGUUUUUAAAUCGAGUCCAAAUAGAUCCAUUGCUGAUAGCAAAAACCCUGGAAAAUCAACUUCUCAGUUGCAAACUACAAAAGGUUCGAAUUCAGUUCAGGAUCGUAAAUCAAUUUUAAAUUCGACAAAUAGUGAUGUAAACAGUCCACAGAGUCGAUUUCCAAGUGAGGGGGAUUUUUUGAAUAAGACAAAUAGCCAAACAAGACAAAUAGGUACAAAUAGCCAAGUUUUGAAGAAUUCGACUCCAAAAGCAAAUAAAGAUUCUUUAAGAAUAAUAUUAGAAAAGUUGGAUUCCCCAAAAUUGGAUGUAACCAAUCAGGCGAAGAACGAAAAUUCAGUUCGAAAAUCUUCGGAACUUGCAAAUAAAUCAAAAAAGGAAAUAAAUGUUUCCAAACCGUCAGUGGAUGUAAAAACCUCCGACACUAACGAAUCAAAGGAUAAUUUAAAAAAUAAAUCCGCCCUGUGCUCAAAAAAUUCGGACUUCAUUUCCGAGUUCUAUAACAAUUCACGUUUACACCACAUCGCAACAAUGGGAGCGACAUUCAAGGACUACAUAAACGAACUACGUGACAAAAAUAAAGGCAAUUUUCCCGGACUCGACCGAUUGAUAAUGGAGAAAAAAUUCAAUCAACCGGGACCUUCGACAAAAGUCGAUUCCGAUUCUGAAGACGAUAUAUUUGCGACCGAUUCAAGUCCGAAUGAAACUCUACCCGAAAAUAUCAUAAUGCAUAUUGAUAUGGACUGUUUCUUUGUUUCCGUGGGAAUUCGAAAUCGUCCCGAAUUGAAGGAUCAACCAGUCGCUGUGACGCAUGCAAAGGGAAAUAAAUCCAAUGAAAAUCAAGAGGGUUCCUAUUCGGAAAUCGCCUCCUGCUCCUAUGAGGCCAGAAAAUUUGGUUUAAAGAAUGGAAUGUUCCUGGGUCAGGCACAGAAACUUUGUCCGAAUUUGAAAACGAUAAAAUAUGACUUUGAGGGUUACAAGGAAGUUUCUUAUGCACUUUAUAAUACGGUGGCUUCUUACACACUGGACAUCGAGGCGGUGAGUUGUGACGAAAUGUAUGUAGAUUGCUCGAAAGUUCUUUCUAAAGGGAAUGUGACGCCUUUGGAGUUUGCAACGUUUAUCAGACGGGAGAUUAAGGAGAAGACCGGAUGUCCUGUUUCCACAGGUUUUGGGAGUAAUAAACUGCAAGCGAGACUCGCUACGAAAAAAGCGAAACCCGAUGGUCAGUUUCACUUGACGGAAGAGUCUGUUUUGAAUUUUGUUGGGACUCUGAAUGUCAAGGACUUGCCAGGUGUUGGAUAUUCAACGACAAGUAAAUUAAAUGCAAUGCAGAUUAAAACUUGUUUGGAUCUUCAGGCAUUUGAAAUGUUUGCUCUGCAAAAAGAGUUUGGAAAGAAAACAGGCGAAUUACUUUACAACAUGUGCCGAGGAAUUGAUCAUUCAAAAUUAAAUAUGGAACAUGUGAGAAAAUCUAUUUCUGCCGAAGUAAACUAUGGAAUUCGUUUUGAGAACCAUUUGGACGCCGAAGAAUUUUUAAAGAAAUUAUCUCAUGAAAUCUGCACUCGAUUGAGAAAUGCAAACGCAAAGGGAAGAAACUUAACUUUGAAGUUAAUGGUUCGAGCUAAGGAUGCUCCCGUAGAAACAGCAAAAUUCAUGGGCCAUGGACUCUGCGAUUACUUCACGAAAUCGAAAAAUUUUAUUGCUGCCGUUGAUGAUCACUUAAUUAUUACCAGAGAAGUUCUCAGUCUAUGGAACCAAAUGCAACAAACACCGGAGGAAAUUCGAGGCAUUGGAAUUCAAAUAUCAAGACUCGAAAUUAUCAAACAUAAAUCGAAUUCCAAUGCUUUAGUCAAUUUUUUCAACAAAGCUAAACAAUCAACUUCGGACACGAACGAUACAGAGAAUAAUGUCUCCAAAAAAACUUCAGAAAUUUCCCCUAAAAAAUCCGAAUCAAUUGAAAUAAAAAACACCUCUAAAGUGAAAAAUCAUAAAUCAUUUUUUCCAGAAUCUAAUAUUCAAAAUAAACCAAACUCAACUUCCUUUUCGAAGAAUAAAUUAAUUCUCCCGUCGCAAGAAAUUGAUGAUUCAAUUUUAAAUGAACUACCGGAAGAUAUCAGAAAAGAGAUUGAAGCCAGUAAAACAAAGAAGUCAAACACCGAUAAAUGCCAGAAAGAAAAAUCCAAAGGAUCUACAAAAACGGUACAAAAUCAACCAGAGAUCUAUUUUAAAGAGAAAAAGAAUCUACCAAAGGGAAAAGUAGAAUUGCCGCCUCUUCAAGAAGUCGACAUGGCCGUCCUCGUCGAACUGCCCGAGGACAUAAGAAAUGAAAUCUUAAACGAAUACAAGUCUAAUAAGAAAUCCGAAACCGUUCCAUCGACAACAACCGAAUCUAGAGAAAUUUCGAAAGAAAUAUCGAAAGAUAUUUCUAAAUCUAAAAGUCACGAAUCAAAAAUAGAAACUAAAGUCGAAACCACAUCGAGACGACCAUCAAAUAAGAAUUUUAAUUACUUGACCGAUGAAAAAGACUUUUCCUUCUCUCAAGUGGACCCAGAAUUUUUAGCAGCCCUACCAGACGACAUGAGAGACGACGUACAAAUGUUCUGCAUGAUGAAGAGACGCGAGAAAAGUAACGCAGAGAAGAAAAAGUCUAUUGACAUAAAAUCAAAAAUACCAAAACCAAAAUCAACGAGAGGUAGAAAACCAAAAAAUUUUCAAACAAAUCAGAUAGAAAAAUCAAAAAUACCAAAACCAAAAUCAACGAGAGGGAGAAAACCAAAAAAUUCUCUUGUUAGAAAUACGGUGCCAGUUCGUGUGAUAGAAACAAAUCAGGAACAAAAUAAAUUCGAAUUAGUGAAACGUAUGGAAAUGGAAGAAAAAGAGCCAAAUACAUUAGAAAGAAUGGAGGAGAGAGAAGAGAAAGAAAUGACAGCUAUAAUUUCACACAUCAGAUCCUUUCCUAACACAAAGAAUGAUGUGAAAAGUGGAGGCCAGGAGGAAGCGUUGAGCGCUCUUGUUAAAUGUAUGUUCGAUUUGUCAACUGAUCAGAUCAGAAUGCAGAUACAAAGUUGGGUUUCCGAUUCGGAGUUUGUUAAUGAAAUAGACAUUUUAUCACUAGCCACAUAUUUGAGCAUGCUUCCAGGAAAAAAAUUAAUUGAAGAUCUACACGUUUUAUUAAAAUGCAUGCACAGAUGUAUAACAAAAUCUGGAAGUUGCGUUUGGCAUGAGGCAUACAGAAAAAUAGUGGAGCAUGUUCAACAUUAUAUGCAGAUCGAGUAUAAGAGUAGUCUAAUGGUACCAACGAUCAGAUGCAAUCUUCACAAGUGCAGGAGUGACAAUAUAUGUUAACUUCGGUUUUUCUUUUGAGAUAAAAUAAAUUAAUGUUUUUUUACAAUUUAUCUAAAAA